AUGGGAACAGCUGACCUGCAGAAAGACCCAUAUGCAGCACAGUCCCAAGGACGGAGAAGACAACACAAGGAGGCAGUAGAGGCAUCAGGCCUGGCAGGCUGGAGAAAGCAGUUGCAGACAUUUAAUACCUCUGGACCCUGCAAAGAUGUUCAAGACUUGACAAAUGGUGUUGCAAUGGCACAGGUACUUCAUCAAAUAGAUGUUGCCUGGUUUGAUGAAUCAUGGCUAAGCCGUAUUAAAGAAGAUGUUGGUGACAACUGGAGAAUAAAGGCCAGUAAUCUGAAAAAGGUUCUGCAAGGAAUUAUGGACUACUAUCAUGAGUUUUUAGGUCAGCAGAUUUCAGAAGAACUUGUUCCUGACUUAAAUCAGAUAUCUGAACAUUCGGAUCCUACAGAGCUGGGCAGGUUACUGCAGCUUAUUCUAGGUUGUGCAGUCAACUGUGAAAAGAAACAAGAACAUAUACAAAAUAUAAUGACCCUGGAAGAGUCUGUUCAACAUGUUGUUAUGGCUGCUAUUCAAGAGCUCAUGAGCAAGGAAAUACUGAGUUCUGUCACAAAUGAUACAUCUGGUGAAAUGGAGCAACAGGUGAAAAGAGCCCUUGAAGACCUUCAAGAAGCACUAGCAGAAAAAGAAGAACUGAAGCAAAGAUGUCAAGAACUAGACCUGCAGGUGGCUGCCCUUCAAGAUGAAAAAAACAGCUUGAUGUCUGAAAACGAGGUCAUGAAUGACAGAUUAGACCAGUUAGAUGGCUCUCUUGAUGAUCCAAAUACUGUUGUUGCAAAAAAGUAUUUCCAUGUACAGCUGCAGCUAGAACAACUGCAGGAAGAAAACUUCAGGCUUGAAGCUGCAAAGGAUGAUUAUCGUGUUCACUGUGAAGAUUUGGAGAAACAACUGAUUGAGCUGCAACAUAGAAAUGAUGAGUUGACCUGUUUGGCAGAAGAAUCUAGGGCCCUAAAAGAUGAAAUUGACGUUCUUAGAACUUUUGCAGAUAAGGCAAGUAAACUGGAGUCAACAGUUGAAGUGUAUCGUAAAAAACUGGAGGACUUGAAUGACUUCCGCCGACAGGUGAAGUCUCUGCAAGACACCAACAUGAUGUAUAUGCAUAAUACAGUCAGCCUAGAGGAAGAGCUAAAGAAGGCAAAUGCAGCACGUGCUCAGCUGGAAACAUACAAAAGGCAGGUCCAGGAGCUUCAUAACAGACUUUCGGAGGAGUCCAAAAGAGCUGAUACUUUAGCAUUUGAAUUGAAGCGACUUGAAGAAAAGCAUGAAGCUUUAUUCAAAGAAAAAGAGAGACUUAUAGUACAGCGUGAUGCUCUGAAAGAAACUAAUGAAGAGCUCCGGUGUUCUCAGAUGCAACAGGAUCGCCUGAAUCAAGCAGAUGCAUCUGCUGUAAAAAGUCAUGAGAAUCUUGCUGCUGAAAUUCUACCAGUGGAAUACAGAGAAAUGUUUAUUCGACUGCAGCAUGAAAACAAGAUGCUUCUCUUGCAACAAGAAGGUUCAGAAAAUGAACGUAUUGUAGAACUCCAGGAACAGCUAGAGCAAAAGCAUCGGAUGAUGAAUGAACUGGAAACAGAAAAAAGGCUAAGCAAUGAGCGUAUUGGAGAGCUGCAGCAACAGAUUGAGGAUCUCCAAAAGGCUUUGCAGGAGCAAGGAUCCAAGACAGAAGGAUCCAGCAAGCUGAAGCAGAAGAUAGAAGCACAUAUGGAAAAACUGAAUGAAGUCCAUGAUGAGUUACAGAAAAAAGAGGCACUUUUUGCAGAGCUCCAGCCAGAUGCAAAUCAGAACUGUCAAAAGAUUGAUGAGCUGGAGGCAGCUUUGCGUAAAAAAGAUGAAGACAUGAAAGCAAUGGAAGAAAGAUAUAAAAUGUACCUGGAGAAAGCAAGAAAUGUGAUAAAAACCUUAGACCCCAAACUAAAUCCAGCAUCAGCAGAAAUUAUGUUGCUGAGAAAGCAGCUAAUAGAGAGAGACAAAAAAAUUGAAGCACUGGAGAGUGAAUGUAAGAUUGCCAAGUUGCGUGAUUAUGAAGAAAAGCUAAUUGUAUCUGCAUGGUAUAACAAGAGCCUGGCUUUCCAGAAGCUCAGUAUGGAAUCCAGACUGGUGGGUAGCAGUACCUGCAAAGACCCUGGGUCAUGCCCUCCUGGACGCUCUUUCCUAGCACAGCAACGACAUGUCACCAACGCCAGACGGAAUCUCUCUAUUAAAGUACCUAAUGCAACAUCGGAUUAA